AUGGUCGGAGGUGUAACCAGAGAAAUCAACAUAUUGACGUCUGAGAAGAGGAUCACCUUUGAGAUGUACGCUGAUGAUAAUCAGCUGAUGGACAGCUUUCGCUGUGGUGACAAGGAGGACGGUGCUCAGGUACUCUCUCACGUAGAGGACUGCAUCAGUGACAUUGGAGAUUGGUUAAUGGACAAUAAACUUGCUCUAAACGCACCUAAGACCGACAUGGCAAACUUUGUGUCCUCCAGAAGGACUGGCUCUAUUUCGUCCAUUGUGGUUGACGGUCAGGACAUUCAUGAAUCGGAUUGUGUGAAGGACUUGGGCGUUUGGCUGGAUAAAAAUAUGACCAUGAAGAAACAGGUCUCCUCCAUCUGCAGGGCAGCUAGUGCAAGCCUUUACAACAUCGGUCGUGUAAGAAAGUACCUCGAUCAAGCUAGCGCAGAGCGUUUGGUUUGCGCAUUGGUCAGCUCCCGGUUAGAUUGCAAUAAUGGCAUUCUGCAUGGUCUCCAUGAAAGUACCAUUGCUCCACUCCAGCGUAUUCAGAACUGGGCUGCCAGGAUUGUCCUCCGUCUUAGGAAAUCUGCGCACAUAACCCCUGCCCUUCGGCAAUUGCACUGGCUCCCUGUUAGGUCAAGGAUCGAGUACAAGAUCUCGCUGACUGCUUAUAAGAUCUAUAGCGGUCUUGCACCACAAUAUUUCGAUGGGUUUUUGAGUGCUGCACCUGGCCGACGAGAGACGCGGUAUUCUGGGCUUGAUCGGGUCUCCGUCAAAAGAACCCGAACUCGGCUAGGCGACCGGAGUCUCUCGUCUUGUGCACCUGUUCUUUGGAACGCCCUCCCUGGCCACGUCAAGGCAUGCCAAAAUAUCACCAGUUUCAAACUUCAGCUAAAGACGUGGCUUUUUAAGAAGCACUUCUCUGAAUGA